AUGGGUACGAGGGAUUCUACGUUCUCGUACGUACAUCUAGAUGAUCCAAACCAGGUGAUUUAUAUGGAAAAAUGGGAAGAUGAUCCUAUACCUUUCAAUGAUAUCGAUACACAGUCACUAAUAGAGGCAACAACAACAUUGUUCCCCCAAUACUUACUAGAAGAAGAAGAAGAUAGUGGUUUACCAAUAAGCUCUUCAACGUUUGGUACAAAGGUAUAUAAAAAUAGGAAACUUUUAAAAGAUAAGGCUUGGAGUGAUUUGGCAAUAUUUGAUAAAUUCAUGGACGAAUCAAGUUCGUUGCACAAGCAAAAAGAUAAAACUAUAUUGAAAUCUGUUUAUACCAAACUGUCUAAUAAUGCAUAUGAAUCAGUAGAUGAUCCAGAAGAGUUUACUAUUGCAGAAUUUUUAUCUAAUGGAUAUAAUCCUAGUGAUACAAUGGAUAUACUUUCACCACCUGAUAUGGUCAAUGAUAGUAUAAUGGGGAAUAACGCAGGCGAUAUUUCAAUCAAUUCUACAUCUGAUUUGUUGGUACCAGGAAAUAAUACAUUCUCGAUGAAUAUAAGAACGAAUUCUGGAAAUAAUUCGAAUCAUCAGAAUGCUGUGAUGCAAACUCCUAGAAUUGGAAGAUCGAGGCAGCCAUCCACUGACAAGAUUUUUCAGACACCUGUAACAAGAAUAAUGAGAUAG